AUGAAAUUUAGUCGUCGUAUUGUGAUUAUCGGUUGCGGUAGUGUAGCUCAAUGUGCACUUCCAUUAUUACUCGAAUUGGUUGAUAUCGCUCCUAGUUCAAUAACUAUUAUUGAUUUUACUGAUCAACGUUCAAAAAUUCAAUGUUUUCUUGAUCAAGGAGUGAACUAUAACCAAAUUCGUAUUACCAAACACAAUUAUACCGAUGUUCUUGAAACUCACUUAUCAACUGGUGAUAUGCUCAUUGAUUUAGCAUGGUAUCUAGACACGGCGUCAUUGUUAGAUUGGUGCCAUUAUCACAGCAUUUUAUUUAUCAACACCUCCGUAGAAUUGUGGGAACUACAGAAAAAAGUUCCCUCGUGUACAGAUCCAAGAACUCUAACACUUUAUCAUCGACAACUGAUAUUGAAGCAAGUAACUGAUCAGUGGAAAGAUAAGAACGGUCCAACAGCAAUUGUUGAUCAUGGAGCGAAUCCCGGUUUAAUUUCACAUUUUGUCAAACAAGCACUGACUGAUAUUGCCAAGCAAGUUUUAUCACAAUCUAUAAUCAAUGACUCACAGCGCAAAAGUGCUUUAGAACAAGCUUUGAAAAAUUUGGAUUAUGCAAAACUGGCCUAUCAUCUACAUGUUAAAACAAUUCAUGUUUCAGAGAGAGAUACACAACUCACCGAUAAACCUAAAAAAGUCAACGAAUUUAUAAAUACAUGGAGUAUUGAAGGAUUAAUCGAAGAGUCUAUUGCACCGAGUGAACUUGGCUUUGGAACACAUGAAUUUUUAAUACCAGAUGGGACUUUGCGUCAUAAACAAGGAUCUGGUAAUCAGAUUUGCCUAUCAGAAAAAGGAAUGAAUACAUGGGUCAGAUCGUGGGUACCGAGUGGAGAAAUUAUUGGCAUGGUGAUUCGUCAUGGAGAAGCGUACAGUAUUUCAAACUAUUUGACCGUUUAUCAAGGUGAUAAUCUCAUUUAUCGCCCAACAGUGCAUUAUGCUUAUUUACCGACUGAUGCCACCAUGAAUUCUCUUCAUGAAUUUAAAAUGUGUGGUUACAAAUUACAAUCGAAACAACGCAUUUUGUCCAAUGACAUUAUCAAAGGUGAGGAUGAAUUAGGCUGUCUUCUGAUGGGACAUGAUUUGAAAGCAUGGUGGACGGGAAGUGUGUUAGAAAUUGAAGAAUCACGAAAAUUAGUUCCUGGUCAAAAUGCAACAACUGUACAAGUAGCUAUUGGUGUAGUUAGUGCCGCUUUGUAUGCCAUUCGACAUCCUCAAUUGGGAUUUUGUCUUCCAGAUUAUUUAAACAGCGAAGAAAUAUUACAAAUUGCCAAGCCCUAUCUGGGGCAAUAUAUUUCACGAGUCGUCAAUUGGUCUCCACUUGAUAAAGCAGACGCAUUCGAAGUUCCUUCUAUACCAGAGAAUGAAUGGCAGUUCAUGACAUUCAAAAUAUAA